AUGGCGGACGCGCUCCUCGGCAAGUACCGCUCGCUGUACGCGAAAGCGCGCGUCGUCUUAGAGCGCUGGUCCGCCGCGCAGACGCGCGCGACGAACCUCGUCGACUCGGUCGCGAGCAUCUACGAGCGUCUCGCGCACCUCUCCGAGACGUCGCGGUACGGCCCGCUGGCGGACUCCUUCCCGGACCUCCCCGCGCGGACGCGCGACGCGCAGUACGCCGCGCUCGACCGCGUGCUCGCGGCGCUCGAGGACGAGCUCGAGCUCUUCGACGACCUCGCGAAUCUGCUCGACAAGAUCCAGCGCGACGGCUCCGCGCUCGUGCGCGCGCUGCGUCCGCCGCCGCCGUUCGCGGGCGCGCUCCGACGCGCGCACCAGCCCUCGCUCGCGGAGUGCGCGCUCGGCUUGGAGGACGUGUGGCGCGCGUAUCACGACGAGGCGACGCUCAAGCGCGUGGUGUGCGACGAGCUCGUCGUGGACGCGUCCGUGGAGGACGUGAAGACGAUGGCCAAGCUGUUCGCCGCCGAGGCCAACGUGGACAAAGAGUUCAUUCGGAUGACGCUGGAUCGCGUCCCGGCGCAGAGCACGUCCGCGAUGAACGAGGGGCGGCGCGGGGGGGGAGGACGGGGGGGCGCGGGUGGGAGCCCGCGAACGCGGGGGGUCGGGUAG